AUGAGGCGGCGGGCGGGGAUCUCGGGGCUACAGACGGCGGCCAACACUAGGGUAAGCUAUCUGUGUUUGAUCUGAAUUUGUCCAGUUCUGUUUCCCUGUAUUUUCUGGUUUGCUUCGCCUGUUUUUCGUUUGGAUAUCUUGAAGACCUUUCGGCUUUUGAUGCGGCUCGUAGGAUCAAUUCCGCUUGGUCGGGCAGAAUGUCGCGCAGAUCAAGGCGGACGUUAUGAAGGAACAGCUGGCGACGUUCCGGACGCAGCUCGAAGAAUUUGCUCGGAAAUAUAAGGUUGAAUCCCUUACUUGUGGAUCGAUCGGUUUAUUUAUUCUGCCUGUUUUCUCUGUAGUGAGAUCGAAGACAGUUUCCCUCUCUGUCGCGAUCGUCGUCGUCAGCCAUUACAUAAAGAAGGAUGGAAAUACAGAUGGAAACAAGAAAUCGACAACCUUUGUUACCCGAGGAAAUUAAACUAGUCCCAUAAUGCCUUUGGCAGACGGAAAAAUACUCUUUCUCAUGCAACCAUAGGGCAAGCAUUAAAAUUCUUGUAGUUAUCGGAUAACAGUCUAGAAAAAGAAAACAUUCAAGUGUGACACAGGACUAUGCGUUCUUAUCUAGAAUAGUUUCCUGUCAGGGACGAAUUGAAGCACAAAAUUGAGAGUAGAAGUAGAGUCUCUCUCUGUUCCUGACCCUCUUUCUGUCUCUCCCUCUCUCUACAUGUAUAUAAUUAUGUAAACACACACACACACACGUAUUUCUAUUUAUAUAUGUGUGUAUCAAUAUAACAUUUAAAAAAAAACAUUGAACAGAAUGACACUAACACUCUUGGGAGCUUAGCAUGUUCAUCCUUUCCUUUCGUGGUUUGUGUGUAAUCUGUCUACUAGGUUGAUGUUAUCAUAGAAACCAAAACCUAAAAUGGCAAACUCUAGUGCCAUUAUGCUCCUCUCCCUUUUUCUACUGCAUUGACUCAAUGAACUCUUUUUCAGUGCAGAAUGAAAUUCGUAAGAAUCCUACAUUCAGAUCUCAAUUCCAUGAGAUGUGUGCUCAGAUUGGAGUAGAUCCUCUGGCUUCGAACAAGGGAUUCUGGGCGGAGUUGUUAGGAAUCGGUGACUUCUAUUAUGAGCUCGGUCAGUGUUCGACUUCAUUUUCUUGUUUUUAUUUGCUUUAGAUACAUUUGGUUCUCUCUUACUCUCUAGUAUGUAUGUCAAUUUUCGCGUUCACAAGUGCAUUUGACUUAAUGAUCUGACCGUAUUUUCUUUUAGAUUUCCCCUGAAUCCAGUAUGAUUCGUACUUGUUUCUUAUACCUAUGAUAUCAAAGGCAUAGGCGAAGCAUUCAUUCACAAAUGGGAACGAUUUAUUUUCUUCAACUUAUAUAUUUUUUUAUUUUUUUAUAAUGAAUGCCUCUUAAUGAAGCUAGCUUGAAGUUUAAAAUCUGCAAGUAGCUCAUAGCUUGCUUAUGGUUCGUUAUUUUCUUCUAUAAUCAAAUCCUGAAUAAAAAUAUCCUUCACUAGGGAGCCAUGUGUUGCUGACUGAACAGCAUUGCAAUUAGUAUUCGGCUCUUUAUCAUUUUCAACUUACCUUGACUUUCUCAGAUGAGCAAGAAGAUUAAGAUGGGUGUCCAUUUGGUUCGACAGGGAUUCAAAUUGUUGAGAUAUGCGUGGCUACUAGAUCGCACAAUGGUGGUCUGAUCGAUCUGCAGGAACUCCACCGCGUACUCUGUCAGAGACGCAAAGCUGGACGAGAACCAGUGUCUGAGGAUGACUGCAUACGCGCUAUAAAAAAACUGAAGGUACGAAAUCAGCAGGAUAUCUUUCGCACGAACUUUGGUUGAUCCUUCUCUGUCUAUGCAUUCUGCAAGCAUUGGGGACAAAACCCAAUCAGAAACCUUAGGCUGUUCUUAUGGGUUUCUCCCAACUCCAAUGAGCCUUGCUUGAGAGAAUGCUACCUAGACUGAGAUGUCUGCAGCAGAGAAGAGAAGAUGAUGUGCAAGAUGCUGUUAAUGGGUUCCUGGUUGACAUGAGACGAGGGUUUAUGUCUGAAUGUCUUAGAUUUUUUUAACCUUGGUUCAAUCAUAUAUUUUCGGAAAUAAAAUUUGGCCAGCUUCUCCUCAACGUGUUGCUCAUUCAUUGAGGUCAAGACCGCUGAACUUGAUAAAGAGUUAAUUAUCCCGAUAAUUUCAGAUUCCGAUUUUAAUCUCUAUAUUCCUGGAAUGGUUUUAUUUUAUUUUAUGGCAGUAUCCGAAAUUUCAUAGUUUUUGGAGCUCUGAAGGGAAUAUGUGCGGCCACAUAUUUAUCUGCAUUGAUUAUUUAUUGCGUCAUAAAUGCAUUAUGUGACACCAUAUUUCUUGUUUCCCAGGUGUUGGGGAGUGGUUUUGAAGUGAUUUCGGUAGGUAAGAAGAAGCUUGUCCGGUCAGUUCCCACCGAGUUGAACAGAGACCACAAUCAGAUUCUAGAACUCGCUCAGGUCUGUCCUCCGUUUAUUUAUUUAUUUUUUAAAUUUUUUUCUUAGUUUUUUUUCUUUAAUGCCCUGUUUUAUUGUUUAAUCAAUUUAAAAUUCUGGGCUCUGUGGCUCGUCAUCUGCCCUAAUCCCUCCGCCUUAAACUCUCAGGCUCAGGGAUAUGUAACCGUGGAAGAAGUUCAGAGGAGCCUCUCAUGGUCCUCCAGGCGUGCAGGCGACGCCCUUGAAACCCUACUGGAAGUGAGUAUCUCUCUCUCUACCUCUUCUCUGUAUCUCUCUCUGUGACCUUAUGCGCUUCAACAGGAACAGCCGAUGACUGGUGUGAAUGAAUUAACCCACUGCAGGAGGGCCUUGCCAUGGUCGAUGAUGGCCACCGGGAUGGGAGGCGCCGCUACUGGUUCCCCUGUGUUGCUCCGAUCUCCGUCGUAUCCUCAAGUGGCUGA